UUGAGGUAUCCCCUUAAGGUUUGAUGUUUAUUGAUCUAAUGACAAUUUUCUUGAUUAUCUGGAGUAUUCUAUUUCCUUUCAAUCGAUUUGCAAUAUUGGUUUCAGGGCUUACGCUUUCCUUCCAUUUAUACCCACCAUCCGUCUGUGGCCCGGACAUUCUUUGUGACAGCCGCUUGCUGAAGCCCCGUAAAGAGACAUGUCUGUCCUACUCGAGUCUGGCCAGGUGUAGGUACCCUGUGACUUUCGAUUCCUUCCUUUCGCCGAUAUAUUAGAUGUCUGGUCCCGCCUGCGGGGAAGCGCCUGAUCUUGGCCCGGAUCGCCAUGAGUUCGAAAUGUCGGCGGCCAUCACCUCACUCUGGUGGCCCGAAGAUCGCGUGAAGGCCACCCUUUGUCCCGAAUACGUCUUUAACCACCUACCUUCGAACAUCUUGCACCGUCUCGUCAAACCCUUGCCUUGGGGAGAGGGUCUGACCAGCGAGUCUUAUUUAGACUGGAUCCUCGCCAAGGCCGGUAGAAUCUUCCUGAUCCUCGUGGAUAUCGGCAUACCGGAGCGCAUCUUUGCCCUGGUCGAUGAAUCAUUAGAUGACACGGAUUUACCUUUGUCGGCACCGAGUACCACUCGACUUCCUCUCGCACCUGAAGGGGACAACGCAGCUGUUGCCCACAAAUUCUUUCUCGCUCAAUGGCGGUUCACGGUACGCGGUAUCAAUGAAGGCGACCAUAUCAAGUAUACUCAGAACGAGGGCGUCCCGGUGGAGCUUCUUCGUACCGGAACGUCUCUAGUGAGAGAGGGCGUGGAGAAGGUUGUUCUAGCUGGCUCCAAAUGUCGUGUGCUGUUGCGAACGCAAGUCUCCAUUGGCGGCGCACCGCAUUUCUUCGAGGAGAACGAGGUGUUGGAAGAAAUCCGCUCUCUGAGAAGGCUAGCCCACGAUCACGUCUACUCAAUCUACGCCUCCUACUUCGUGGAUACCACCGUUUGCAUUCUUUUCUCGGGCGUUUACGAGCGAACCCUCAUGUCAUUCCUUACCGACGUGCCUCAACCUUUCAAGCGCCUCGCCAAGAACAAGCGUCGAGAGAUAUUAGUCAAUUGGCCACAUUGUCUGGCUAACGGGUUGGCAUGGUUGCAUGCACAUAGCCAGGCCCAUAGCCUGAUUUCUCCGUCGAACAUCCUGGUUGACGCAGACUUUCGGAUUUUCCUGGGCCAGUUUGAGGCUCUCGACACUCUUCUUUCCCCACUCAAGCCGGACGACGUCGAAACCUACCAGUAUGGUGCGCCCGAGCGAUGGGUGCGCUCAGUCAGUAUCCAGGACACAAGCGCACCAAGCCCUAACAUUGCGCUUCCAUCAGGGGGGCGUUCGGCUCGCAAACAGUCGUCCCGUCCAGCAAUGCUGAGCUUAUCUAGAUUCAGGGGCUCUCAACCGUCGGAUCAGGAUACAGAAAUACACGCGGAGUCUGUUACGUCGCAGGGAACUGCCAUACGUAUCGGCCUACGAGGCUCACCUUCUCGGAUAUCUUUCACCAACUCAUCUUCCUCUGGAUCAAGCGUUGGGAGCGCCCGCAAGCGCGUGGUAUCCUCCAUAAAACGACCGAUGUUCUACACACCGUCCAUCACUUCGUCCAACUCCAAUUCUUCUAGGUCAUCAACCACUCCUUCUACUACAUAUGGCCAGUUGGGCUACCCCAUCAUCGGUUCCAACGCCGCAAUCGUUCAUACGUGGCAAACACGUCAGUCAGAUCCAGAAGCCUCGGACAUAUUCUCACUUGGAGCAGUAUUUCUAGACAUUUUCACUCAUUUAUGCAAGCGCAAGCUCUCUGCUUUUUCACACCACCGAGGGGCCAAGAACCGGACCGCUGGCCGCGGUGGCGGCGUCGCAGAUUGCUCAUUCCACCUCGACCGAAACGCCGGCCAAGUGAGCUCCUGGAUCGCCCUACUGGACAACGAUGCGAAGAAACACAAAGAUCCCAUCUUUCAGGCUGUUCGACCGAUGCUCACCGUCGUGCGAAGCAUGCUAAACAGAGAACCCAUGAGCCGUCCAUCUGCUUACCAGGUGGAGCAGCUCCUGGCUCACUCACUCCAGAAAUUGGACGGAAGCUGUAGCCUCCACUGUACUUCUGACCUGCAAGUCCACGCCCCCAGGAGCAAGAAUCCACUCCGUCUAGGCGCAGAAGCAGCCUCAUCAUCUAACAGACUCGUUGUUCCGCGAGCAAAGCCACUAGGGGCCAGAUCCCCGUCUCCAAGUAGUCCAAUGACUGCCGAAUUCUCAUCUACUAGCUCUGGAGGACCCGUGAGCCUCCGUCCCUCUCCUUCAGCCUCUGCGUCGAGUUUCAGUUUGCCUGAUCAGCAAUACACGGACAACCAUAUAUAUAGCAGCGACACAGAUCAAGAGUAUGAGAAAUACAGUACCUCUUCGUCGCCCGUCCCUUGGCGUGAUCCAGAUCAUGGUCUAAGCCCGGCAGCACAUAACGAUCCGACAUGGAAUUACAGCAUCGCUCUGGGGAAGCAUUAGCCCUUAUUAUAUAUACCCGUUCCAAAGCGAUAACCACUAAACACUUGGCUCCUUCUCUUUGUAUCAUUGACAUGCUGCCCUCUCGAUCAACAACCAGUCACUUCAUCGCCACAUUGCUGGUACACUACCACACUUUCCCUUCCACUCCUAUCUAUACCUUUCACUUCUCUAUUCUUAUGCCCCCCGCACAUACUACUUGUACACAACGUCAUGCCUUGUACAUUCUAGGCUUUUCGGGUUCUUCAUCCUCUCUGAUACUACUAUAUACCUUUACACUUCAUUUCUUUCUCAGGAGACUUGGCUUUUUAUUUUUUUUUUUUCUUUCUCAUAUACUAAUAUGCUAGUUCUCCUAACGAUUGAUGACGAAUGACCGCUUGUGAUUGCUUUGGGUGAUAUCCUUAUCUAUUUCACUUAUUUACCUUUCCG